CGUGCCGUUUAUGAACUCACUGGUGAGCAAUCUCAUAAUAAAUUCUAACUUUGAAUUUUAUUAGCUCAAAUAUUUAGUGCAAUUCAUAUCUGAUAUUUUCGACUUGUGGGAGGUAGUCACAAAACAAAAGAUGAAUUACUGCGCUGUGCUUAUCUUAUUUUGUGUUCAAACAAUUUUGGCCACACAAGAGAAUACUACAUUAACUGUUACGGAUAAAAUAUGGCUGGACAUUGAAAUAGAAGGAAACCCAAUCGGUAGAAUUGAGAUUGGAGUGUUUGGUGAAAUUGUUCCAAAGACGGCAAAGAAUUUUGUCACGCUGUGUGAGCGGGGGGAAGGUCAAGGGUACAAAGGUUCAAAAUUUCACCGAGUAAUAAAAAAGUUCAUGAUCCAAGGAGGAGACUUCACCAAAGGGGAUGGCACUGGGGGACGAAGCAUUUUUGAAGAUAAAAGUGACUACACUUUCGAAGAUGAAAACUUUAUUCUGGAAUUUGACCGUGGAGAUGGGUGGCUGGCGAUGGCAAAUUCUGGGAAAGAUACGAAUAGAUCGCAGUUCUUUAUCACGACGGUUAAAACACCGCAUUUAAAUGGGAAGCACGUCAUCCUUGGGAAAGUGUUGAAGGGUAUGAAAGUGGUGAAACAAAUUGAGACAACGCCAGCCUCACACAACGUCCCAUUGAAAGAUGUCAUAAUUGCUGAUUGUGGUCAUGAGGUUGUGGAACCAAGAUUUUCCGCAAAUUUUGACGAUGUUCAGGAUUGAAGCAUAAAUAUGUAGUGUUAUUUGUAAAUAUUUCUAAUUAGUUUAAAAGUCAUUCCAAUAUCACAACUGAGAUUGGCAUAUUGUUCUAUAUUGAAUUUUCGUAACUACUGAACAUGUGUACGUUGUCUCAGACAUUAAGUUAUCGUGCAAGUGUUUAAUUAUUAAUUUUAAUCCCUACAUUAUGAGCCUGAUUCUAACUACGAGCAUAUUCUUAACCCAGUUUCCUAGUACUAGAUUGAUCCUAGUCCUUCCGAAAAUGGUCAUUCCUUUCCGUGCUGGAGGUCAUGAUCAAGGAAACCUUGAAUUCUUUAGUGAUGGAGAAAGUAUAUUUUAUCUUCCAACACAUUGGAUGGGUUUCAAAUUUCAAUGGUCAAUAGUGGCAAAAACGCAAACCGUUCAGAGAAGAAAAUCAAGUUUUAUUAACCGAGAAACGUCGUAUUUGGAAAAGUUUUGAAAUGAGUUAAUGCAGUUCGGAAAUUGAAUCGUGUCCUGUUAACAAGAAGAAGUGCUCCUUGAAAGCGUGGUUAGAUUGUGGCCAUCAUCCUGUUCCUGAACCAUUCUCCGCAACAUUAGACGGCAACAGACUAGGGCUUAUUUUACCAUAAAUUUUUCACAUUUUUAAACAUUAUGUAUCAAUUACGAAUGCACUAAAUGUAUACAAAAUGUGUUGUAAUAACGUUAUAAAAUGUCGCAAAUCAAUUUAUCUAAACAUCAAUUCACAGCGAUUUUCACUAAUAGGUUAAGGAUCAGCAACUGAAGUUGAUUAUCUUAAACUAUAUCUGCCAAAUUGCACUUUCUUGAACGAAGAUGAGGACGGGAUUCAAAUGUCCUUUAAAGAAUUAACGUUGUUUUAUUUUUAUAUAUAUACAUCUCCUUACUCACCCCUAUAGAUGUCGAGGGGAUGGGGAUCACUCAUUUCUGAAUAAUAAAG